AUGCAAGUACAUUUGAUUUUGGUCAUUAUACACGUCUUGAACAACUUCAAAAACGUUUAUGAUUCAUUAAAUUCAAUAUUAUCAUCUCAACAAUCAUCAAUUAUAUAUUCAAAUCCAUGUUCGGGUUGUUUACGAUGUCAACCAUCAUUAUUAGAUCAAUAUCGUUUAACACAACAAGAAAAAAAGUCAAGUUAUUUUUCUCGUCUUUAUCAAUCAAAUCGUACAAAUAUAAAAUCAUCUAGUUCACAAUUAAAAGAACCAAUAGAAAAUUCUGAUUGUGGUAUUGAAUAUUGUAUAAAUUUAGAUAAACAACCUAUACAAUUAUGGGCGAAAUUAAAUAAUGAUGAACAUAGUUUUCAAAUUGAUACAAGUAAUAAAUUAGAACGUUUUAAUUAUGAUAAAGAAAAAUAUCCAAAACAAUCAAUUAAUGUUCAACAUAUUCGAUUUUAUCCAAAUAUAAAUUUAAUUAAUAAAUAUAUAUUAAUUAAUCAUGAAAAAUUUGAUAAAAAAAAAGAGAAAGAAGAAGAAAAAGAAAAAGAAGAAAAAGAAGAAAAUCAUUUAAUUGAAUAUCGAAUUGAAUUAAGUGAAAAAACAUUAAAAUUUCUUGAAAUAAAUCAGGAUUUAUUAUUAAUAAAACAAUCAACAUUAAAACCAACAUUUAAUAAACUUGAAGAAGAUGCUCUUGAAAAAAAGGAUAUUUUUCUAUUUUCUAAUCGUCAACAACAUAAUCAAUCAUCAUGA